AUGGCGGAUUGUGCUUGCUCAGGAAUCAGAAGUUGUUUGCUUUGUGAGAGCAAGAAGGACGUUAAAAACUCCUUAGAAUUCGACUCAAACCAUGAAAUGAAGUUAAAAACGUUAAUAUUCUGUGUUCAAUGUCAGAAAUUGUAUUCAGAAACUGUGUUUCAAGAAGAUUUUUUACAAAAUACUGUUCAGAGUUGUUCAAAACAUGAUUGCUUUGAGGAUAUAGUGUCUGGUAUUACAGUAAUUGAGGAUUUUAUCACGAAAAACGAAGAGGAAUUCAUGUUAGCAGAGAUCGAAAAAUUUCCAUGGCAGGUUUCACAGUCAGGAAGGCAAAAACAGGUGGGGGCACUUGUCAAUGUGAAUCUCCCACUCCCCUUGUACCAGAGUGUGUGAUAUUAAAAAUGCCCCCCUCCCCCCAACUUUAGAAAACCAUGGAAAUUUGGGCAAAAGCUAGGAAAAAUGUAGAAUAUUCAUGCAGAUUUAUUAGAAAAUAUAUUAAAUUUUCUCUUGCAGGAUUUUGGACCAAAAGUUAAUUUUAAGAAAAAGAAGUUAAGAUCAGGCAACUUCACUGGUCUUCCAAAAUUCAGUCAGUUCAUUGUUGAAAGACUGCACAAGGCUGUUGCGCAAUUGCAAAGCUUUCAUCCAGUGGAAUUGUGCAAUCUUGACUACAGCCCAGAACGUGGGGCAUCCAUCGACCCUCAUAUUGACGACACAUGGCUUUGGGGUGAACACCUUGUGACAGUGAACUUACUUUCAGACACCAUUCUUACCCUCUCUGAUUCAAAACAUUUCUAUGAAAUAAGAAUUCCAAUGCCUAGGCUUUCUUUAGUUAUACUCAAGGGUAACGCAAGGAAUACAUGGAUGCAUGGCAUUAAACGUGAGGAUAUUAAAUCACGACGGAUUGCUAUCACAUUAAGGGAGCUAUCCGAGGAGUUUCUAUCUGGGGAGGCAUACACACAAAUUGGCAGACCUCUGUUAGAAUUAGCUGCAUCAUUUAAUGGAUUACCAACAUCAACUUAA